GGCACUAUCAGCUUUCCUUCCAUUGAAAUGAAUGGCAAGUGGUGUUUCACCGCGCGGCAUCCUGUGCUAAUUGGAACCGUUUUUGGCGUUGCCUAAUUGGAACCGCAUUUUAGAACAAUGACGGACUCAACAGCCUCAGAUCUGGCGAACACCAUCCCGGAUCCAAUUAUUGUCGAUCAGUCGACUGUAAACAGCCAGUGCGACCCGACACAUCAACUGUCACCCAAAAUCAACAGCCACCCUAAAUUCACUAUGGACCAGGAGAUGAAAAUUAGCAACAACGUGGAGGGGCAAGGCUUACUGGAGAGCAGCAUGAGGCUGAAGCCCCACGAAGCUCAAAAAUACCGCAAGAAAGCGCUGUGGGUCUCCUGGGUUUCCAUCUUUGUGACGCUGAUCCUGGCAGUAGCAGCUUUCACUGUUUCCUUCAUGAGACACAGUGCCUCGGCUUUCGGAUUCGCUUUUGAUGCCGCCCUGGACGUGCUGUCCUCCAUCAUCGUGGUGUGGCGCUAUAGCAAUGCCUCCGCCGUUCACUCUGCACACAGGGAGUACAUAGCCUGUGUGAUCCUGGGUGUGGUCUUCAUCCUGUCCUCCCUGUGUAUCCUGGGAAAGGCAAUCCAUGACCUGGCUACCAAGCUAAUGCCUGAAGUGGAUGACUUCCUCUUCAGUGUGUCCAUCGUCAGUGGCGUGAUGUGUGUCAUUCUGGCCGUGGUCAAGAUUAUGCUGGGUAGGGUGCUCACCAGCAGAGCCCUCAUCACAGACGGUUUCAACUCCCUGGUGGGCGGGGUCAUGGGCUUCUCCAUCCUAAUCAGUGCCAAGGUGUUCAAGCACGAUCCCAAAGUGUGGUACCUGGAUGGGUCCAUAGGGGUCCUGAUAGGCCUCAUCAUCCUGGCCUACGGGGUCAAGCUGCUGGUUGAUAUGGUCCCUCGAGUGCAACAGACAAGGAACUACGAGCGCUUUGAGUGACAGAAGACCACGGAAGGGCAGUGCGGGCUCCGAGGGGGAUGGGUUCUAGGUUAUAUACGGUAGAAUUACAUCCAGUGUCUGUUCUAGGGUAUGUAUAUCUGCGCCCAGUCCCUAUCCAGCUCAGCUCCAUUCUUCCUGGUAGAUCUCUCCAGUCACCAUGACAAACCUAUUGAUUGGUUUAGACCUCAAGGUGCCAGCCCACUGGCGUUUAGUCCGGUCUCUCUGACUCCGAACCUGAUCCGUCCAUAUGAGUCAUUACAAAGUCAAAGAGAAGACUGAGGUUUCCCUCUAGCUCCUCUACUGAAGCAGGGGGAGGUGGAAGGACAGAAUGUGCACUGCUGAGUCGUCAGGGAAAUGUCACUGCCUCUACAAAGGCACUGCACCGUCUCCACUGAUUAGUCUGGUGUUCGUUCAUAUCUCUAUCUCCCUUUGGACAACAUGGCUGAUUCAGAUACGCAUUGUAGGAUUUCAGUCCUUAUGGGAUUUCAGUGGUUUCUAAUAGGCGCUUUCUUUUGAUCAGUAACAUUGUGUGUGUCCCAAAUGGCACCCUAUUCCCUUUAUUGCACUACUUUUGACCAUGGCCCAUUAAAAGGUGCAUCAAUUAGGGUGGCAUUUAGCACAUACACCUAUUUCUGUUUGACACCACUGUUCAAAGUAGAUGUGUUGCUUUUAUGUAGUCAUGAUGUAGUAGGGGUGGCAGGUAGCCUAGUGGUUAGAGCUUUGGGCCAGUAACCGAAAGCUUGCUCGAUCGAAUCCCCAAGGUAAAAAUGUUUUUCUGCCCCUGAACAAGGCAGUUAACCCACUGCUCCUAAGUAGUCACUGUAAAUAAGAGUUUGUUCUUUAACAGACUUGCCUAGUUAAAUAAAGGUAAAAUAAAAAUAGUAGUUGGUAAAGUAUCACUUAGGGUACUAGUUGCUACUAUUAGUAGCAGUAGGACAUGUUUUCUAUCCCCCCAAAAAUCAACAGGGAAAAUAGAUUUCUGAGAUGCCCAUUGUAGACAGGCUGUAGUAUGGAGGACAAUAGUACAGCAGUACAGUAUGUUCAAUAGCAACAUGACAGAAGACUCAUCUAUGGCCUGUGUCCCAAAUGGCACCCUAUUCCCUACAUAGUCACUAUGGACCCUGGUCAAAAGUAAUACACUAUAGGGAAUAGGGUGCUAUUUGGGACAAAACCUGUAUCAUUUGAUUAGUGAAUAUGAAAGCACAAAUGUCCCUGUCGCCAGCUCAUGUAUGGAAUCGGUGUUUGCUUUAUUGCUUAAGGGGUGUUGAAUAAAAGCUUGUGGCAGACCAUCAACAAACACCAUGACUGGAGCCAAAGACUCUAGCCAGAGAUUACUAAUCUGGAAUUAAAACAAGCCUUUCUGUGCACUACAGCCAAAUCUGUUGGCUAGAACACAAAUCAUCCCUUUUAGGCCAUUCCCUCUUCUUUAAUUCCUUAACAAAAUCUGAGGGGGCAAAUGCGGUCUUCCUGGCAAGUAAAUAUACCAUUAUAAUUACGUUUUAAGAUUUCACAAUCUGCCACGCUGGAUGUAAUUGUAGAUGUAGGAUACACACAUGACCAAAAGUAUGUGGACACCUGCUCGUCGAACAUCUCAUUCCAAAAUCAUGGGCAUUAAGAUGGAGUUCCCCCCCCCCUUUCAGCCCCCACUCUUCUGGGAAGCCUUUCUACUAGACGUUGGAACAUUGCUGCUGGAACUUGUUUAUAUUCAGCCAGAAGAGAAUUAGUGAGGUCGGGCAUUGAUGUUGGCCGAUUAUGCCUGGCUUGCAGUUGGCGUUCCAAUUCAUCCCAAAGGUGUUCGAUACGGUUGAGGUCAGGGCUCUCUGCAGGCCCGUCAAGUUAUUCCAGUUAUUCUCUACAAAAUAUUUCUGUAUGGACCUCACUUUGUGCACAGGGGUAUUGUCAUAAUGAAACGGGAAAGGGCCUUCCCCAAACUGUUGCCAAAGUUGGAAGCACAGAAUCGUCAAGAAUGUCAUUGUAUGCUGAACAUUUCCCUUCACUGGAACUAAGGGGCCUCGCCCGAACCAUGAAAAAGCCCCAGACCAUUAUUCCUCCUCCACCAAAAUUUAAAGUUGACACUAUGCAUUGGGGCAGGUAGCGUUUUCCUGGCAUCCGCCGAAUCCAGAUUCGUCUGUCGGACUGCCAGAUGGUAAUGCGUCAUUUCUUACUCCAGAAAACGUGUUUCCACUGCUCCAGAGUCCAAUAGCAGCAAGCUUUACACCAUUGCAGCUGACGCUUGGCAUUGCACAUGGUGAUUGUAGGCUUGUGUGUGGCUGUUCUGCCAUGGAAGCCCAUAUCCUGAAGCUCCCGACAAACAGUUCUUGUGCUGAUGUUGCUUCCAAAGGCAGUUUGGAACUCUGGAGUGAGUGUUGCAAUCGAGGACAACACUCGGCGGUCUCUUUCUGUGAGCUUGUGUGGCCUACCACUUGUUUCUCCUAUACGUUUCCACUUCACAAUAAACAGCCUUUACAGUUGCCCGGGGCAGCUCCAGUAGGGCAGAAGUUUGACGAACUGACUUGUUGGAAAGGUGGCAUCCUAUGACGGUGCCAAGUUGAAAGAUACUGAGCUCUUCAGUAAGACCAUUCUACUGCCAAUAUUUGUCUAUGGAGAUUGCAUGGCUUUGUGCUCGACUUUAUACACCUGUCAGUAAUCUGUAUGGCUGAAAUAGCCGAAUCCACUAAUUUUGAAGGGGUGUCCACAUACUUUUGUGUGUGUGUGUGUGUGUAUGUGGUUUGCAAAAUGAAAAUAAUCCACAUAAAUUGUUGUUAUAUGAAUUACAUGAAUAUAAAUGUUGACAUACUGCAACAAGGAGGGUGCUUAAGGGCUCUACUCAAUUCGAAUCGCAGAAAUGUAUUGAAGGCAAUGUUCCCGGGUUAGAGGAGACUGCAUUCAUGGUAAACACUGCAGAUGUCGGCUCAAUAGGAAAUGACCUUUUAAAUCAGUAAUGCUUCAGGCUACAGAUUGACUAGAACCCUAAAGGAAGACUAUUGAAAUCUAGCUGUGUAUACCUAUUCAGUCUUUCUGAAUAUUGUACCAAUGAAAGUUGUCAAGAAGACAUUAGUUAUUAUAGUACAAAUACAUUUUUGUCCAUAUAGAAAGGGAUUUUUGUUUACAGGUGGGACGGGUCAUUACACUCACUCCAAAUGGCUUUUUUAGACCAGGAUUCAAUCCCAGAGGCUUGUUAUAGAGCAGUGCACUGGACAGCUGACAAUGCACUUUUAAAAAAGUUAAUUUACACUGAAUUUAAUUUCACUGCCGUGAAUGCCAUCUCCAUGAACACCGGGGAAAUUGCCUUUAUAAAGGGGGCGUUGUUGCAUGUCAACUGUGCUGCACAGUUUCUCUGGACCCCAGUAAGUUUGUUAUUAUUAUAUAUUUUAUUUUUCAAGGUCUGACCCACUGGGCACAGACACCAAUUUAACGUUAAUUUGAUGUUAAUUUCAUGCUCUGGAUUGAAUCCCGGCCUUACUAUAAUUAUUACCAAGACCUUUUGUACAGAGCAAUGAAUUAUUGUAUAUAAUGUAAUAUAAGUUGAUAUGUUUACAUUGGUAUUGCCAAUUUAAGCAAAAACUAGAUUUGUUAGUUAAUCGGUUGCGCUGAUGUUCUGUGUUAAGAGUGCUUAAGAUAAGAGUCAAUAUUUGUGUUCACAAAGGAAAGUGUCAUUAGAUGUACUAAGUUCAGGAUUUAGGAUGUUUGAGUUUACUUCGAUAAUGUAAUUGGGCAAGAGUUGCACCCUGUAACCUUUGUUUUCUGUGACGGUUUUCAGUCAAAAAGUAUGGAUAUUACCACAACCCCCUAACUUUCUGCCUGUCGUCAAGCACAACACUAAGGCUGCGUUCCAGGCUGACUAUAUUACAGAAGCAUUCCAGAUCUCACAACCCCUAACCCUAAUAUUAGUUUACCAUGUCAUAUGAUAAAUUAAUCUGAUACUCAACUCUGCAGCCGAUGAUGUGACACACAACCAUUGGUUGAUGCAAUGCAUGUCUGCAAUGUAGUCGGCCUGGAAUGUGACAAGCUCCUUGGAGUCCCAUGGCUCUUUGCCCAAAGGCUAGCAGAUUGGCGAUAUUGAGUUGUUUAAUCUUACCUUCCAAACGCAUUGUAUGCAGCUGGCAAUACGCUUGUCACUCGUGGACCACUUCAUACCUAAAACAUUCUCCAUUCAGGCCUCAAUGUUGUCAAUUUCCUCAACUAUAUUUAAUGGUGAGAAGGCAACAAAAAUGCCUAGGAAUGGUAGUCUCAAAUGUUGCGUAUCGUUUUCAGCCAAUCGGGUUGCAGCAGUCUGUUUACCCCUGGCUGAAUGCAGGGAGCAACAUCAUGAAGUAGAAUUAGCCACUCUGGCAUGAUUGUGGAAAAAGGCAUACUUUCUUUAUGAAACACCAAUUUUCCCCACUUUCUCACCAUUAACUAUAUUUAAGGAGGAAAUUGAUAACUUUUCAGCCUGAAUAGAGAAUGUUUUAGGUACAAACUGAUCCAUGGGGGAUACGCAGUUUCUCUGGACCCCAGUAAGGUUGUUAUUAUUUUAUAUAUAUUUUUUUCAAGGUCUGACCCACUGGGCACAGACAUCAAUUUAAUGUUAAUUUGAUUUAAUUUCAUUGAAAUUACGUGGAAACAAUGUUGAUUCAACCAGUGUGUGCCCAGUGGUGAGGCACUUUUUCAGUUACAUUUACUAAAGCCCAAGAAACAAACACUUAGCUUCCUUGUACAUAUGGAAAUUAAAAAAUGUUUCUGAA